CCAGGCGGCCAUUUCCGCCUGCAGGUCGGCCGGAGCGGGUCUGGGACCGGCCGUCCGGUCCCGGAGCGCGUAGCCCCGCACGCACGCGCCGCCCACGUCCAGCUUGCGAAUCCGGAGGCGACCCGUUCCAAUCCAGAGGAGGCGGCGGGGGAGCCGGCUCCUGAGGAGAUGGAGGGUGAGCGGCCGCGGCCGGUGCUGCGCUCGGUGAACUCGCGCGAGCCCUCUCAGGUCAUCUUCUGCAACCGCAGCCCGCGCGUCGUGCUGCCUUUGUGGCUCAACUUCGAAGGCGAGCCUCAGCCCUACCCGACCUUACCGCCGGGCACCGGCCGCCGCAUCCACAGCUACCGAGGUCAUCUUUGGCUCUUCAGGGAUGCGGGGACCCAUGAUGGACUUCUGGUUAACCAAACGGAACUGUUUGUGCCAUCCCUCAAUGUCGAUGGACAGCCUAUUUUUGCCAACAUCACAUUGCCAGUGUAUACCCUGAAAGAGCGGUGCCUUCAGGUUGUGCGGAGCCUGGUCAAGCCCGAGAACUACAGGAGGCUGGACAUCGUCAGGUCGCUCCAUGAAGAUUUGGAAGACCACCCAAACGUGCAGAAGGACAUACAGCGACUGACCCAAGAGCACCUUGACAAUCAGCACCUGGAAGAGGAGCCUGAAGGAGUCCUUUGAGAUUAGUGGCCUUGAUGGUCUGAAAUUGAGCUACACAUGGGACAGGUCACUUUCUUUCUGUUUUAAAAUGGUUCACUCUUGGAGUAAAAUAUCCAUCAAGUAAAAGAAAGUUAACUAACAUCACUGGGCUUUGUAGUGUUUAAGAAUAAACAUGCAAAGUGCCACGGAGUCUGCCCUUUGUUGAGCACUCAUCCGAGGAAGAUGUUUUCAGUUUUGCUUCCUGGUGAGGCUGGAAGUUGAGCGUAAGGAUGCUUGUGUAAGCUCCCCAGCAGGGGUGGCACUAUGUCCUUGCAUUUGAGCAGAGGGCCCUGCCUCUGGCUUGGGAAGGCUGAGAAGGUCCUUCCCAAACUCCCAAACGCUGGGACAGACAUCCUGUGGAGGCCCACUGCCUACUGCGUGUGGAGUCUUCAGUCAUGAAUGUUGGACGAAGAAACCAUUGGGUGCUUGGUGGGAGAGUUGGGAGGGCCUGGCUCUUUGUCUGAGGAGAGCCUUAAGUGUUCAUGUAAAGGAACAGCUUAGCAGCUUCUGGUUUUCCAUGUCUCAGCACUUUCUCUCUGCUUUGUUUUUUAUUUUAUUUUUGAGACUUUUGUAUAGCCCAGGCCAGCCUCAGUCACUCAGCAAGAGGAUUCCUGACCCUCUGGGAGUAUGUCCCCUGCCUUAGCAUUGGGAACACAUGUGUGCACACAGCCUGCUCUGCUCUACCUUUCCCAUGUUGAGACAGGCUCCUGCUGUAGUCCUGCCUGGCCUGGAGCUGGAGUCGGUCAGGCCGACCAACCGACCAACCAACCAACCGACUGUCUGGCAGUUUUCUAAGCCGGGUGGACUUCCCAUACUCACUGUCACAGACAGCAGAGAAGAAGCCAUGCUUGUGUAAGUCUGGUUUUGAGAGCUCCUAUCUUUGAGGAAGCUUUUAGCAGGAACAGUGAUUUCUGUCCCUUCUUGUCAGCCCCUAGCAUUCCACUUUGGCAGGCGUUGGUUCUGCUUUGAUUGGAGAAGGAAGUGAAGCUCUGCUCAGCUACAAACUCCAGACUUCGGGUCACAGAGCAGUCUGGAACGUGGAGUGGUUUUACGGCUGGUCACAUAUUCAUAUUCUAUCAAACAUUUUGUAAAAUAUAAUUUUUUAUUUGUUUUUAAUUCCCUUAGAGAGAAAGUAGAGAAGGCUAGGUAUUGUGCACACCCCAGAAAGGACAGUCAACUAAAAGGAAGCAGAAAGGCUCUUAUUCACUCUCAGCUUCAUGCAACCCCUAUAACUGGCCGCUCUCUGUAGGGCGUAUUUUAAUUGGUAAAGCAGUUUGUUGUAGCUGAGAUCAUAAGGUAUAUACAGUUUUGUAUCUUGAUUUUUCAUUGAACUUCAUUGUGUUUUGUUUGCUUGCUUUCCCCUCUUCUUUGUUUUUUCGGUUUGUUUUUUGUUUUUUGUUUUAUUGAAACAGGGCUUCUCUGUAGCCCAGACUGUCCUGGAACUCCCUUUGUAGACCAAACAACUGAUUUCUGGCCUCAAAUGGAGAGAUCUGUCUGUCUCUGCCUCUCCAGUGCUGGGACUGAAGCAGGCCUAAUCUUCAUCUAACCUCUUAGCUUGUCUUUUCCAGGUUGCUACACGCACUGUGUCAGUCCCAGGGUGCUAGCCAGGGAGUAUUUGUCCAAAUCCUGGGCUCCUUGAGUGCAGACUGAUGCUCUAGGAUCAGCAAAAUGACUGAACUAAAUCCUGACACUUCCCAGUGUCCUCUCAAUGUCUCUCUUUAGUCUGCGGCAUCCCGAGAGUGAAGUGGCUACAGGCUGGUGUGGAGGGCUGUGUGUGGGACGACAGCAGGUGCCAAGCUAUUGCAACAUUGGUUUUAUUUUUUUAAACCGGUCUAUGUCUCUAACAGAUACAAUGUUUGUGUUAUUCACCUGGAAGUUUGAAUACUGUUCUCUGUGCUGUCCAAAAAGUGAAGACUUAUGAAAUGAGUCACUUGUCCUGGGACAUCCUGUAAUGAGUUCCUCAGGCUGUGUUUUCUCCUUUGAGUUUUCUGAAAAAAGCUGACCUUUUUAGUACAAUAAACGGUGCUAAGUGAAAGAA